ACUCGAGUCAUAGCCGCCGCUUGGCUCGUCUUUCGCGACGAUGAGCUUGCUACGAUGCACAUCGUCAGCGUACCGACAUUUACCUCGAACAACUUUCCGAUCCUUGCACUAUACUGCUACCCGUCUUGCUCUCAAAGCCACUAACCCUGUCCGUGCAGUCGCGGCCCCUGCAGUUGGAAAUUACUCUCCCAACGACAACGGAAAUGCACCCAGUUCCCCCUCAGAAAUAGCACGGAAAAUAUCAGCCAAGGUUCUCCCUAAACUUCCCCGGCCCAAAGUCCAGAAGGUGGUGGUGGUUGGUAGUGGAGGUUUAAGCAUUGGACAGGCCGGUGAAUUCGAUUAUUCUGGAUCUCAAGCAUUGAAGGCUCUCAGCGAGGAAGGCAUUGACGCUGUGUUGAUCAAUCCUAACAUCGCUACAUGGCAAACGUCCCAUCAAUUGGCUUCCGAAGUCUACUUUUUACCCAUUACUGCCGACUAUGUCGCAUACGUAUUGGAAAAAGAACAACCGGACGGUAUCCUUCUCACUUUCGGUGGUCAGAGUGCUCUCAACGUCGGUAUCGCUUUGGACAAGAUGGGAGUUCUUGAACGACUUGGAGUUACAGUUUUAGGGACACCCAUCCAGACACUCGAAGUUUCUGAGGAUCGUGAUCUUUUCGUACAGGCACUCAAGGAAAUUGAUAUUCCCGCGGCACAAUCAACGGCUGUCUCCUCUGUUAAUGCAGCUCUUGCGGCAGCUGAAACAAUCGGCUAUCCCGUCAUUUUGCGAUCCGCUUUUACGCUCGGUGGACUCGGAUCUGGUUUUGCUAACAACCCGGACGAAUUGCGUGACUUAUCUGCCAAGAGUCUCAGUUUGAGCCCCCAGGUAUUGAUUGAACGUAGUAUGAAAGGCUGGAAAGAACUCGAAUAUGAAGUUGUUCGUGAUGGGGCAGAUAACACGAUCAUUUGUUGUAACAUGGAAAACUUCGACCCUCUAGGAACGCAUACCGGAGAUUCAAUUGUCGUUGCUCCCUCUCAGACCCUACCUGAUGACGAAUACCAUAUGCUUCGAAGUGCAGCCCUCAAGGUUAUUCGUCAUCUGGGUGUCGUGGGUGAGUGUAACAUUCAAUACGCUCUCAAUCCGACAUCCCGGGAAUACUGUGUUAUCGAAGUUAAUGCUAGUGCUCUGGCUUCCAAAGCGACUGGUUAUCCUCUUGCGUACACAGCCGCAAAGAUCGCUCUUGGUUAUACGCUCCCCGAACUCCCCAACGCAGUCACCAAAACGACCACGGCUUGCUUCGAACCGUCCCUUGAUUAUAUUGUCACGAAGAUUCCGAAGUGGGAUUUGGCUAAAUUCUCGUCUCAAGUCAACAGGGAAGUUGGUUCGGCCAUGAAGUCAGUUGGUGAAGUUAUGGCUAUUGGUCGCACUUUCGAGGAAAGUUUGCAGAAGGCCAUUAGGCAAGUCGACCCACGAUGGAAAGGUUUCGAGGCGUAUGUCUCUCCAGAGGAUUUGGAUCAGGCCCUGUCGAAACCCACGGACAUGAGGCUAUUCGCCAUUGCAUAUGCCAUGUACAACAAGGGUUACACUGUUGACCAGCUUCAUGACUUGACCAAGAUUGACAAGUGGUUCCUUCACAAGAUCGACAACAUUGUUCAAACACAUCAUGCUCUGAAAGCAGCUGGAUCAAUCGAAGCUAUAGACCAUGAUCUCAUGACUCGGGCAAAACGCAUGGGCUUCUCAGAUUCUCAGAUUGCUGACUUGGUUUCAUCUACGGAAGACGUUGUUCGAAGUGCUAGGAAAUCUCUUGGGAUCACACCCUUCGUGAAGCGGAUUGAUACUCUUGCCGCCGAGUUUCCGGCCAACACCAACUAUCUCUACACAACGUACAAUGCCUCGGAACAUGACAUCGACUUCGAUGAGCACGGAACCAUGGUCUUGGGUAGUGGCGUCUAUCGAAUUGGCAGCAGUGUCGAGUUUGACUGGUGUGCCGUCACCUGUGCCAGGAAACUGAGGGACAUGGGCAAAAAGACAAUCAUGAUCAACUAUAACCCUGAGACUGUUUCGACAGACUUCGAUGAAGCCGAUAGGCUGUAUUUCGAGGAGCUUGGAUACGAACGUGUCAUGGAUAUUUACGAGCUUGAGCAUGCCCAGGGUGUGGUUGUCAGUGUCGGUGGCCAACUCCCGCAGAACAUUGCGUUGCGACUCAAACAUAAUGGCGUCAACGUUCUGGGAACGAAUCCAGAGCAAAUUGACAAAGCAGAAGAUCGCCACAAGUUCUCUUCUGUACUUGACAGUAUCGAUGUCGAUCAGCCUGAAUGGACCGAAGCAACCUCUUUGGAUGCUGCCAAGGCGUUCGCGGCAAAAGUUGGGUACCCUGUCCUUAUUCGACCUUCAUACGUUUUGUCCGGCGCCGCGAUGAACGUGGUCUACGAGGAGGCGGCCCUUGAGUACAACCUCUCUGCUGCUGCUUCAGUGUCUCCCCUCCAUCCCGUUGUCAUUACCAAAUUCAUCGAUGACGCACAAGAAAUCGAUAUUGAUGCAGUUGCCCAUCAGGGUAAACUUCUGGUACACGCCGUUUCUGAACAUGUCGAGAACGCCGGUGUUCACUCUGGCGACGCAACCCUCGUUCUUCCUCCCUUCUCCCUUACGGAACGGGAUUUAGCCCGCUUGAAGACAAUCGCUGAAAAAGUUGCGCAAGCUUUCGAGAUCUCUGGACCGUUCAAUAUGCAAAUUAUCAGAAAAUCGGCCGAUUCUCCCGAUGAGGAAGCAGCACUCAAAGUUAUUGAAUGCAACCUUCGAGCAUCUCGCUCUUUCCCCUUUGUAUCCAAGGUUCUCGGCCACAACUUUAUCGACACGGCUACCACUGCCAUCGUUGACGAGAAUGUCCCUCAACCAGUGGAUCUUAUGACAGAACAGCGCGACUAUACUUCUAUCAAGGUUGCCCAAUUCUCUUGGACUCGAUUGGGCGGUGCCGACCCUUUCCUUGGCGUUGCACAGGGUGAAGUCGCAAGUUUCGGGAAGGAUAUCCAUGAAGCAUAUUGGGCAUCUCUGCUCAGUACAACAGGAUUCAAAGUUCCCAAGGCCGGAUCAGGAGUCCUGAUCGGAGGAGAUACGAGCCGUCCAGAGAUGACUACUCUCUAUUGUUCCUCCCCUGUGGUGGAAGAAUUCCUCAAUGAUAUUCCCUACGUCACGGCGAAACGUAUAUUCUUCCCCACGAAGGACAAACGAAAACUGAGGGAGGUCUUCGAUGAAUACGAGAUCCAAUGUGUCAUCAAUCUAGCCAAGUCUCGAGGAUUGACUUUCACUGAUGAGGACUAUGUAGCUCGCCGAAAUGCCGUUGACUUUGGAUUGCCUUUACUAAACAAUGCUCGCACUGCUCAGCUGUUCGUCGAGAGCUUAGCAAAGAAGAUACCACAUGGUGGCUUGAGGAGUUACACGGAAGGACGGAUACCCAGUGAAGUCAAAUCCUGGCGGGAAUUUGUUGGAAAGCGAGCAUGAUUGCUCAAUACCUUGACCUCGAAAAAGGUAUAUCAAAAGGAGCACCUGAAGUUCCAUGUAUUCUACCUAUAGAUCUCCAUUUAUUUUUAGUUCCUAUGCUGGCGUUCAACCCUGUAACGAGCCAAAUCUUCAGAUGUGCAUAACUGACCCAAAUCCAGCUCUUGUCGUUUG